AUGACGCGGCUUCUCGGGCUAUUGUAUUGUAACAGCAUCCUCCUUAUCGUGAUUAUACAGGGAGGAUUUUCUGUUCGACUUAGGGGAGCUGCGGUCUUCAAGGAAACUCUAUACUCACUUUCAGAUAACGUGCAUGUGGUCAAAGGUGCGGCUUUUCAGAAAGCCUUAAGUGCUCCGGCACUUGGAAAGUUAGUGCAAUUUCUGAACAUUUUUUGCGGACACUGUCGAAGAUACGUACCCACCUUCAAGAAACUGGCCAUUGAUCUUCACAAGUGGGAUCGAGUUCUCCGGAUUUAUGCCGUGGAUUGUGCCCAGGAGGAAAAUGUGAAAGUGUGUCGGGAUUUUGACGUUAAGGGGACGCCCUCAUUGCGCUACUUUCCCUCGAAUUUUUUGAAGUUGCGCUAUGGACUCGGAACAGUUUUCCCCAGUAUGGAACCCAAGAAAAUUGUCCAGAUGCUUAUUACGCAUUUGGCCAAAAAUGACUACACUGGAACCAAAGAACGGAAGCCUAUCUUUGCACCUCUUCAGAACCACGAGAAUUCGCAGAACAUCUUCGAUCCAUUUGACAAAGAAUUGCCGUAUAUUUUGCUUGUUCAUCAGCCGAAACACUCCCAGAUUGGAAUAGAAACGCUUCUCGACCUCCUUCCGUAUCCCGAUGUGGCUGUGCGGAUCCUCACUGAUGCCCAGCUCUUCACUCAAUUCGGUUUAAAGCCAUUCGCCCAAAAUAUAUCCCUCAUAGAUAGAAAUGGAAAAAUACAUGAUAUAAUGCCAAGCGGAGAAAGUAGUUCUGCUUAUGUGGACAGUGUGACUCAAUUCCUCGAGAAAAAUGGAUACACAAGUAUUCCUAAAUUUCCAACAGCUAAACCUCAAGUAAAGAAAGCGAUGGGGCUGGAAGCUAUUAUCCUAAAGAAAGUGCUGUCAUCACCACCGAUUCUCUAUCAGGCCGAUUUGGAGCAGGCUCUCGACCAACUCCUGCACAUUGAACUUCCCAAGGCGCCACUUAUAAAUGGCCCUAAGUUUAAGGCACUGCGGCGUCUUAUAAAACUAUUUAGUCGCUUUAAUCCCUUAAACAUAGACGGAAGACGACUGUUAGUCGGUCUUGAAAAUUAUCUCAGGACGGUUAAGGAAAUCACAGGAGUCCAGUUGUCGGAUACAAUAAAGGAUCUCGAAAAAGGGCUGGAAAAGAUAUUCAAGGGAAGGCGCUACGUGGGAUGCAUUGGCUCCAAACCAAUUAUGCGAGGUAUCACCUGCUCGUUUUGGACACUUUUCCAUCAUUUGACUGUGAUGUCGAGCCGGAAUCCUAGGGAGUUUAAGCCAGGCUACGUGCUGUUAUGCCUUCACGGGUUCGCACAGUACUUUUUCGGCUGCUCGGAUUGCGCCCAACACUUCCAGAUGAUGGCCAAGCGGCGACAAAUAGAGUCCGUGAGGACCCAUGACGAGGAGAUCCUUUGGCUGUGGGCAGCCCACAACGAAGUCAAUAAAAGGUUGGCUGGCGACCCCACAGAGGACCCCAAGUUCCCCAAAGUUCAAUUCCCGCUACGGGAACACUGCCCCAAAUGCCGAAAAUCAAAUGGAUGGAACACAGCUGAGGUACUCAAAUAUCUAAAACGUUUGUAUAACAUUAAAAAGGUGAGCUUUUACGGAUUGCCCACCUAUAAUCGUUAUUGA